AACCCUAAAAAAAACCCAUUUUGUAGCUCUAAUCGUAUGAAAGAAACCGAGUGAAAGGGAGUAAGGAAGUGAAGUCUGGUAAGGAAGAAAGGAAACCAAACGAGAUGUCGACGCUUCAGCUCCGAAAUCUGAACGAGCUUUUCUCGACGUCGUCGUCUCCAAUUUCCACCCCGUUUCACUACCGGAAGCCAUUCUCUUCUUCUCCAGCUCCCCAACGAACAUGCGUUCCUCAGAGCAGCAGGCGAAGAACUACCCUCAAAAGACACCGUUUAGGUGUUGUAAGCUGUUCCUUUGCUCCAAUGGAGACCGCCAAGAUUAAGGUGGUUGGUGUUGGUGGGGGUGGUAACAAUGCCGUAAAUCGUAUGAUUGGUAGCGGUUUACAGGGUGUCGACUUCUAUGCCAUAAACACAGAUUCUCAAGCUCUAUUGCAGUCUGCUGCUGAGAACCCACUUCAAAUUGGAGAGCUUCUGACUCGUGGGCUAGGUACUGGUGGGAAUCCACUUUUGGGAGAACAAGCUGCUGAGGAAUCAAAAGAGGCCAUUGCAAAUGCCCUUAAGGGUUCAGAUCUUGUGUUUAUAACAGCUGGUAUGGGUGGAGGUACAGGAUCUGGUGCCGCCCCAGUUGUUGCUCAAAUAUCGAAAGAGGCUGGUUAUUUGACUGUUGGUGUGGUUACCUACCCUUUCAGCUUUGAAGGGCGUAAAAGAUCCAUGCAGGCACUGGAGGCUAUUGAGAAGUUGCAGAAAAAUGUGGACACUCUUAUAGUGAUUCCCAAUGACCGCCUACUUGCUAUUUCAGAUGAGCAGACACCUCUUCAGGAUGCUUUCCUUCUUGCUGAUGAUGUUCUACGUCAAGGUGUACAAGGAAUUUCAGAUAUAAUCACAAUUCCAGGACUAGUUAAUGUGGAUUUUGCAGAUGUUAAGGCAGUUAUGAAAGACUCUGGAACUGCAAUGCUGGGGGUAGGAGUUUCCUCCAGCAAAAACCGUGCUGAAGAAGCUGCUGAACAAGCUACAUUGGCUCCACUUAUUGGGUCUUCAAUUCAGUCAGCUACUGGUGUAGUGUACAAUAUUACAGGCGGAAGAGACAUAACCCUGCAGGAAGUGAACAGAGUAUCCCAGGUUGUGACGAGCUUGGCAGAUCCUUCUGCUAACAUAAUAUUUGGAGCUGUUGUAGAUGACCGAUAUAAUGGUGAAAUUCAUGUGACUAUUAUCGCCACAGGCUUCUCACAGUCGUUUCAGAAGACCCUAUUAACAGACCCCAGGGCAGCUAAACUAGUUGAUAAAGUUGCAGGAGGCCAAGAGAGCAAGGGAACCCUUCCCCUCAAUGCACUAACAGCGCCUUCGACUGUUCCAUCAAGAUCACCUCCACGAAAGCUUUUCUUUUAAUUCCUUUUUAUGAUUCUCUUGCCCUUUUUUUCCCUGUGCUUUUUCAAUGAUAAAUAGAGUCUUCUGAUAAUAUUUUUCUGGAUGGAAGUGCCAGUGUUUGGCUUCUCCAAAGUUUGUAAUUAAGGUAACGAAAAGAGCAAAUGUAGAUCAUUUGAUGUAAGAAAUGAAACUGCAACGAAACCAAUGGUUUUAAAAUAUAAGUAAAUUCUUCCAAGUUUCUUUC